GCCGCUGCAGCGGGUGUCGCCGGGCUCAGGGUCGCCUUCCGCCGCCAUGGAUGCCUCCGGGCGCUGACGGACUAUGGAGGGUCGGGGUGUGCCUCCCGGGCCUUAUCGGGCCACCAAGCUGUGGAAUGAAGUCACGACAUCUUUUCGAGCAGGAAUGCCUCUAAGAAAACACAGGCAACACUUUAAAAAAUAUGGCAAUUGUUUCACAGCAGGAGAAGCAGUGGAUUGGCUUUAUAACCUAUUAAGAAAUAAUAGCAAUUUUGGUCCUGAAGUUACACGGCAACAGACAAUUCAGCUGUUGAGAAAAUUUCUGAAGAAUCAUGUAAUUGAAGAUAUCAAAGGCAGAUGGGGAUCAGAAAAUCUUGAUGAUAACAAUCAGCUCUUCAGAUUUCCCACAACUUCUCCACUUAAAAGUCUUCCACGAAGACAUCCAGAAUUGAGACAAAACAGCAUUGAGAACAUUUCCAAAGACAAAGAUAGUAUCUUUAAACUACGAAAUUUAUCUCGGAGAACUCUUAAGAAGCAUGGAUUACAUUACUCUCAGGAAAAUACAGAGAAAAAAAAUCAUAGAAUAAUCAAUGAAGACCAAGAAAACUCAGCUAAUAAUAGAGAAAUAAGCCAGGAAGAUGUUGAAGAAGUUUGGAAAUACAUUAUUAUGAUCUACUUGCAAACCAUUUUAGGCUUGCCAUCCCUUGAAGAACUCAUAAAUCCAAACCAAAUAAUACCUCAAUAUAUAAUGUACAACAUGGCCAACACAAGUAAGCAUGGAGUAGUUAUCCUCCAAGACAAAUCAGAUGACCUUCCUCACUGGGUGUUAUCUGCCAUGAAGUGCCUUGCAAAUUGGCCAAGAAGUAAUGAUACAGAUAAUCCAUCUUAUGUUGGAUUUGAGCGAGAUGUAUUCAGAACAAUUGCAGACUAUUUUCUAGAUCUCCCUGAACCUCUACUUACAUUUGAAUAUUAUGAAUUAUUUGUGAAUAUUUUGGUUGUUUGUGGCUACAUCACAGUUUCAGAUAGACCCAGUGGGAUACAUAAACUCCAAGAUGAUCCACUAUCUUCAAAAAUUCUUCAUUUAAACAAUUUGAAUUCCUUCAAAUCAACUGAGUGUCUUCUUCUCAGUCUGCUUCAUAAAGACAAAAACGAAGAAGAAUCAGAUUCUACUGAAAGACUACAGAUAAGUGAUCAAAGAUUUCAAGAAAGAUGUGAUAAGAAAAUGCAGCUAGCUAAUUUAAGAAACAGAAGAGCCAGUGCUAAUGAUGUAAUGGGAGGAAGUUGCCAUAAUUUAAUAGGCUUAAGUAGCAUGCACGUUCUAUCUUCUAACAUCAAACCCAGGUGCUCUUCUUUGGGAAUCAUAGACAUGCCAGGGAAUUCAAAUAAAAAAGUGUCCAAUGCCUUCCAUCACUCUAUUCUGAACAUAGAAGGACAAAAUAAUGAGCAAUUUUUAGAGUCAAACCCCAAACAGGAAUCCCUAUUUAACCUUCAUUCGGAGGAAAGUGUUCAAAAGCCACUCUGUGUUGGUGUUAAAAGAACCUCUGCUUUGACUGUUCAAGACCAAGAGGAGUUAUAUAAUGGGCAAUGCAAGUCAAAACAGCUUUGUAGAUCUCAGAGUUUGCUUUUAAGAAGUAGUACAAGACGGAAUGGUUAUGUCAAUACACCAGUGGCUGAAAUUAUCAUGAAACCAAAUCUUGGACAAUGCAGUGCAAGUGUGCAAACAGCUAUGGAAAGUGAACUUGGAGAGUCUAGUACCACAAUCAAUAAAAGACUAUGCAAAAGUACAAUAGAGCUUUCAGAAAAUUCUUUACCUCCAGCUUCUGCUAUGUUGACUGGCACACAAAGUUUGCUGCAACCUCAUUUGGAGAGAGUUGCCAUCAAUGCACUACAGUUAUGUUGUCUGCUACUUCCCCCACCAAACCGUAGAAAGCUUCAACUCUUAUUGCGCAUGAUCUCUCGGAUGAGUCAAAAUGUUGACAUGCCCAAACUUCACGAUGCAAUGGGCAUAAGAUCACUGAUGAUACACACUUUUUCUCGGUGUGUGCUGCGCUGUGCUGAAGAAGUGGAUCUUGAUGAGCUUCUUGCUGCCAGAUUGGUUUCCUUCUUAAUGGACCAUCAUCAGGAGAUUCUCCAAGUACCCUCUUACUUACAGACUGCAGUGCAGAAACAUCUUGACUAUUUAAAAAAGGGCCAUGUUAAAAACCCUGGAGAUGAAUUAGUUGCUCCUUUGCCAAUUUAUUCUUAUUGUGAGCAAAUUAGUGCUCAGCAGUUUGAUGAACAAAAAAUUUCUACCUCUCAAGCUGCAAUUGCAGAACUUUUAGAGACUAUUAUUAAAAACAAGACUUUACCUCUAAAAGAGAAAAGAAGAAAGCUAAAACAGUUUCAGAAGGAAUAUCCUGUGAUAUAUCAGAAAAGAUUCCCAACUACAGAGAGUGAAGCAGCACUUUUUGGUGACAAACCUACAAUCAAGCAACCAAUGCUAAGUUUAAGAAAACCAAAGCUUCGUAGUCUAAGAUACUAA